AUGGAUCAAUUCAACGUUCCAGAGAGCCUUCUCCUGGAGAUUGCUUGCUUUAAUCAGGAGUCGGCAAUUAAUGCUGCAAAUGGAGGGGCCGAUCGAAUUGAACUAUGCAAAGACUAUGAAUCUGGAGGUCUCUCACCAGAUGCCGCAACACUGAUGGCACUGAAAUCUCAACUUUCAAUUCCUAUCUAUGCGAUCAUUCGACCCCACUCAAAUGGCUUCUGCUAUGACAGCGAAUCUUUUGAAACAAUGAAAGCAACUCUAAGCCUUCUGAAAACCCUCGGAGCUGAUGGAUUUGUUUUUGGAAUUCUCGGCCCUGUGGUGCAGGGCGAAUCCCUCGAUACAUAUUCAUGUAUUGAUAUUGCGAGAAACAAGGAACUGGUUCGGCUUGCAGAUGACAGGCCAUGUACUUUCCACCGUGCCUUCGACUGUAUUCCGGAAUCCCAAUGGGAUGCGGCACUUGCCGAUAUAGCGAAAUGUGGCUUUUCUUCGAUCCUUACCAGCGGAGGUCCAUCGCGAGACAAGGCAAUCGACUGUGCCGAAAAACUAACCGAUCUUACUCGUCGGCUGGACUCCUUGAGAUCUCGUGUUCCCGAAGUAUUUGAACUUCCUCGUAUCAUCAUUGGUGGUGGAGUAAGAUCUAAUAAUGUCCGGCUAUUAUGGGAAAAGUCGCAUGCAAGCGCAUUCCACUCGAGCGCUCUCGUUUCCUCGAGUGAAAUUGUUGCAAAGGAUGAAGUAGAGAAGCUCAAAGAUAGACUGAGAAAUGUUACCUGUACAAAUUAA